AUGGAAGAUGACUCAUUGUCAAAAACCAUUGAUAUACAAUAUCUAAUAGUUGAAUGCCCCAGUCCUUACAAUGUUAUUCUCGGAAGACCUGCUCUAACCACGUUCAGGGCAGUGGUAUCCACUUUUCAUCUAUGUGUUAAAUUUCAGGCACAGGAUGGAAAGAUAGCGACACUCCACUCAGACCGCCAACAAGCUCGGCAAUGCUACAACACAAGCCUAAAGAGGUCGAACACAGGACAGAAAUAUGAACAUGAAGUCAAAGCAAUACACACCACAAAAGAGGUUCUGUCCCUAGCCAAGCUUGACCCCCGAGGAGACACCCAAGAAAGGCCCCAACCAGCCGAUGAGCUCCAAAAGGUUUCGUUGACAUCAAGACCAGACCAAGGCACAUACAUUGGCCAAGCACUCCAAGGACAGGAAAGGUCGGAACUCAUAAAGUUAUUACAAGCUAAUGCCGAUCUAUUUGUCUGGACCCCAACAGAUAUGCCAGACAUCAACCCAGACGUCAUUUGUCACAAGCUCGCCAUUGACCAAACAAUUCGACCUAUCACACAAAAGAAGAGGAACUUCGGUGUAGAGAAAUCAAAGGCGAAUCUCGAAGAAACUAGAAAACUCCUCAGUGCCAACUUUAUCAAAGAGAUCCGCUUCACCACAUGGCUAUCAAGCGUGGUAAUGGCAAGGAAAAAUUCAGAUAAUGCAUCAGGUUUCCAAAGCUUAAGCUUCAUGGAUGCAUACUCUGGUUACAACCAGAUCCUCAUGCAUCCAGAAGACCAAAGCAAAAUAGCUUUCAUAACCGAACAUGGAAAUUUUUGUUACAAAGUAAUGCUAUUUGGUCUAAAGAAUGCAGGUGCAACAUACCAACGUCUAAUGGAUAAGGUCUUUUGCAAUCAGAUAGGUCAGAAUAUGGAAAUUUAUGUCGACGAUAUGGUCGCCAAGACCACACCAGGACGAUCUCAUUGUGAAGACCUCAGAGAAUUAUUCGGAUAA